AUGGCUAUGGGCUGGGCUGGCAAUCUUCUAAGCACGCCCACAUCUUAUCGCCUCAAUGCUGCUAUCGCAGGAAGCAGUAACAAUGGCCAUCCGUCGAUCGCCGCAGGCACAAACAGCCUCACGGCGUUCGGGAGCUUCGCAUUCCUUGGCUCCCGCGCCAAUACCCACGACGCCCACCCCGAUCUUGGCCGUCUUAUCCUCCUGGUCUUCGAGGCGGUGAUGGAGGUGGUGUGCGUGAGCUUGCCUGGGUAUAUCAUCGCGAGACAGGGCAUGUUCGAUGCCGAGAACCAGAAAUUCGCCGCCAAUCUGAAUGUGGCGUUAUUCACACCUUGCCUUAUCUUCACGAAAUUGGCAUCUCAAUUAAACGCGGAUAAGCUGUUGGACUUGGCCAUCAUUCCCGUCAUCUUCGUGGUACAAACAUUAGUUUCGUAUCUGGUGUCCAUAUUGGUCUCGAAGGCUUUCAAACUCAAGAAGAGGCCGACGAAUUUUGUCACCGCCAUGGGAGUAUUUGGCAACUCGAACUCGCUUCCGAUAUCACUUGUCAUAUCGCUAUCACAAACAUUGAAGGGACUACACUGGGAUAAGAUACCCGGUGAUAAUGACGACGAAGUGUCGGCUCGAGGUAUCCUGUACCUUUUGAUUUUCCAGCAGCUGGGCCAACUCGUGAGGUGGAGCUGGGGAUAUCACGUUUUACUGGCGCCAGCUGAGAAGUAUGAAUCAAGCGAGACGCCCGACGUCGAAGAGGGACGAUAUAGAGAUGACCCGACCGGAGACCUGAUUAUUGGCUUGGACGGCAAUGAGGAUGAUGGAUCUGACCAACCGCUAAACGGAUGCUCAUCCACCACCUCAUUCGAUUCAGGAGGCAGAACCCCGGUUCAUUAUGCUCAGUAUGCUGGAUCCUUCGAUUCAGAUGACGAUGACGAUGAAGAUUCGAAGAAAAAGCCUAGUAUUGUCGCCCCUACCAAAGGCAAUCCUUUCUACGAUGCGUUCACCAAUGGCCAUAUAACUUCAUUCCCAAGCAUCCGCACAGUAUCUCCAGACGAACAAGAAAUCCCAAGUGGCAUUAAAGGCAUUAUCCCCUCCGUGCGUCUUCACACCCGACGUGUAGCCCACUAUGUGUCCCUCAAAACCAGGGAAGCUUCCGACAGAGUUUUCCACGCCCUUCCAAAUCCCCUACAACACGUCCUUUCGAAAGCUUCAAAUCUACUAGGUCGCUUUUUCCUUGGUCUAUGGGAAUUCAUGAAUCCUCCUCUUUGGGCGAUGCUCCUUGCAACGAUCGUUGCAUCGGUCCCCCAGCUUCAACGUCUUUUCUUCCAGGAAGGUUCGUUCAUCGCAAACUCUGUUACUAGGGCUGUUUCGCAAUCAGGUGGCGUGGCUGUACCUUUGAUCUUGGUAGUCUUAGGAGCCAACUUGGCCCGCAACACGCAGUCUAGGGAAGCACUUGACGAGAAUUCGGAAGAGAAUAAAAUCGGGACGAAGCUUCUCGUUGCCUCUCUCAUCUCCCGUAUGCUCUUGCCUACCAUCAUUAUGGCGCCUUUGCUUGCGCUCAUGGCCAAGUUCGUGCCUAUUAGCAUACUUGGGGAUCCUAUCUUCGUCAUCGUGUGCUUUUUGUUGACCGGCGCGCCCAGUGCGUUACAGCUGGCACAGAUAUGCCAGAUCAAUGGGGUGUAUGAGGGAGUGAUGAGUAAACUGCUCUUCCAGAGUUACGUUAUCUGGAUUCUUCCCUCGACGCUCAUUCUCGUAAUGUGUGCUCUCCAAGUCGUCGAGUGGGCAGCAGUAUAG